UUUCAGCAUCCUGGUUCUAUGCAGCCAAGUAUUGGCCAGCGCUGGUUGCUGCCAUUGCGAUCAAAGCUGCAUUUCUCCCUGGAUUCCUAGCCCUCCGCUAAUAGACCACGAGAUAUUGACUCUCGAGUCUCGACUCUCGAAUCUCGACUCCCUCAGUGUCCCUCAGAGUCCCUCAGAGUCCCUCAGUGUCACGGCAAUUUCUAGGCGUUGAGAGCUUCCUUUGGUAUGGCGGACCGGCUGAAGGGCUAUCGGAGACAGGCUGUAUCGCCGGCUGGCAUGACGAUUCAAUCCAAGUCGACGGUGGUUAAACUGCUCGCGAUUCUCGCUUUCUGGAUCGCCGUGAUAGGCGGAAUACACUUGCUUCGCACGUCGUGUAACUUUUUCGCGAGCUCGUCGCGGAGUCCGACAUCCGAAUUGUCCGCAGGAUUCUCGAAUUCCUCGAGAACGCCGAAGCGCUUGUUUGUUAACUACGCGCAUAAUUGCUGCUACGUGGGCCAACGGACGUCCUGCGAGGCCGCGUUACAGCACGGCGCGGACCGCUGCAUUCCAUAUAAUCACUCCUCCUUGGAUCCCGUUUUUACCUCCCGGAACGAUAAGAUUCUAUCCCUUCCUCGAGGCGUGGGAUACUGGGUGUGGAAACCGUACCUUAUACUGAAGACGCUUUUAGAGGAGAUGCAGGAUGGGGAUUUGUUACUAUACGCAGACGCGGAUAGCACCACAAACGGGAAUUUAUCCGCUUUAUACGGUCUUGCAGCUGGCGGCGGGAAAUCCUAUGCUUCGGGCGGGAUAGUGGAUGAGCUUCUAACGAGGAUGGUUCUGGACGAUGGGGAGGAUUCGGAAGGAGCAGUUCGGGAGGUUAUUAAAUGGGCUUUAAGUCAACAGGAGGUUCAUUUGUUUCAGUUUCCGCCCAAUUUCGUGGAAGCCUGCUGGACUAAGAUGGACGCUUUUCUGCUGCUCAAUUGCACUGAUGAAAACAUCUGCAUGAAAUCCGCCCAGGCCGAUGCCGGCUUCUCUGUCUGGCGGCGCGGGCGGCAGUCGAUUCAGUUUGCUGCCCAGUGGCUGGGGUACAUGGAGGAUGCGCGCGUGUCAACGGACAUGCCCAACCAGCUGGGGCGGCCCAACCACGCGUGCUUCAUGGACCACCGCCACGACCAGUCCGCGCUGGGGCUGCUGGCCAAGCGCUGGGGGCUGCAGAUGUGGGAGCACACUGCUGUAGAGGCGGUGAUCAGCCAUCAUUGGAACAAAGAGUAGUCAGGCAUGAGGGGAGUGAGCAGAGGUGGGACAACAGUGCGUUACGGACCACCGGCACAACCAGUCAAUGCUGGGGCUGCUGGCCAGGCGCUGGGGGCUGCAUAUGUGGGAGCAUUCGGUUGAGGCGGUGAUUAGCCAUCAUUGGAACAAGGAGUGACAACCUCGAGUUGCAUGCAUGCGUCUUCAAUUGGGUGGUUACCGUAAUUGGCGGAUAAUGAUUUUUCUGGUGAUGGUGCACACACGUCAUGGCUCAUGUCUCAUCCACACCUCCUGCUAGGAGGCGGGAGAGUAAUCAGGAAUGGUGGUGACGUUAAGAUACUUUCUUGU